AUGCUCAAAGUCCCAGGUUCGAAUCCCGCCUUAAAGCAGAUACAUUAUUUAUUAUGUUUCAUCGGCCUACAAUCGACACUGAGGUCGAGAGACCGUCCUGAGGCACACCCAGCCUCAAUAAAGCCUGGACCAAACCGUGUGUAUAUAAGCUGCAAGGGGUACCCGUGUAUUGCAUCAUUCCAGUUUAGGAACGACACAGAACAACAUGCCCUCUUUCAAGAUUCUUUUCUUGUUCGCCCUGGUAGUGGCUUGCACCCUGGCAUUCCCCGCAGAGGAAGCUAA